AAAUAGUGCUUAUUUGACUUGUAUGACAUUUAGGAAACAUGUUGAGAACUAGAGCAUGGAUUUGUUUAUGCUGAGAGCUAGAGUAUAAAUUGACUCUCUAUUAGAUCAAGAGAUUGUUGAAGUCAAGGUAUCGACCUCUAGAUGUUAGGUUAAUAAAUAGUUACACCAAACUUUGUUCAUUGGUGUUUAGAUGUGGAUGUACUCUCCUAGAAGUUCUGCACUUCGCCAUAAGACACAACAACAGAGUUGUAAGUUAAAACUCUGGGUUUGGGGCCACAAAUUAGUAUUUGUGUGAUACCAUGUUGACUUAAUUGUUUCUGUUCUAUUUAAGAAACUUUUGUUGACUUCUUGUAAUCAGAAUAUAAUUAUGUCAAGCUUUGUCUUUCUAGUGUGGAGUUUUGAAUAGGAAUGGAGAUCAAGGAUGGUUAUUGUAGUUAUUUUUCGUACCAGUUCCUCUUGCGUUGUCCUUGAAGGCCAAACUUUAGUCAUACUCCCCUUGAGGCCAUUGCCUGCAGUUAUUUAGCUACAUCGAAUAAAUAAAUCAGCUAACUUUAUCAGAAAAAGAUGACUGAUCCUCAUUUUAAUAGGGUAAACACAACUUUAUUUUUGCUCUUCUGCAUGACUCUGAGGUCUGAACUGCAUGCCUGAUUUAUUGGUUUCAUGACCAGCUUAUGUCCUUUAGUUGGUUUUGUAUUAAGUCCUUCAGUUUACUUAUGCUUUGCGUCACUUUUACUGAAUAUUUUCUUUGAAAAUCAUAUGAAGGCAAUUGAAAAACCUUUGGAAAGUUGCAUUGUCAGUGGUGAGUUGAAUAUUGUGUUUGGAGAAUUGUAUUCUUAGAGAGUAGGUAUAACUAUCAAUACAAAGUUGCUCAUUUAAUUAGAUGACGCCUGAUGUUUGUGAACUGUAUCUUGCUGUUUUCUUCAUGCUUUGGUUAGUAGCAUGUAUUGAAUUGUUAUCUUAAAUUGUACGGUGUAAUUUUGGAUUCUUUACCAUAGACAGGCUAUAGCAGUAAUAUUUGCUUCUUUGAGAAUGAAUCAUCAAAUUUUGUUAUCAUCUUUUGUUGGUGAGUUGGUCUAACAAGUAAAUCCUAGUUCAUCAUUCUAUAUGGAUCCAGUGGACCGAACAGCCAUGUCCUUUAGUUGAUUUAUGAGUAACACACAGUUAGAACUUCAGUUAUGCUGCAUGAACUGGUUAUUGUAUACACAGUCAGGGUUGUGGCAACUACUAUAGAAUUAUCCUUUCAGUUACUGAAACAUAACAAUUACAUAUGUUUCUCUUUUCUGAAUGAUGGGGUUCUGUAGAUUUUGUUCACCACCAAAUCCCAAACAAUGGACACUGGCUAUACCUGUGAGUUGCCAUGAUUGAUGUUUUAUGACUUGGAAAACUCACUCUUAUCAGACACUGGGUUUAAUUUUUGAUUUGGUAGUAAAAACACUGACUUUGCUCAUUUCGGUGUGUUGUUUUGGAAGGAUUCUUUUGCUUCCUUUCUGUCUUGCUUGAUGUAGUGAUAAUAUUGUCGUUUUGGGAAUUUUCCUGUCUUGUACCGGUGAUCAAAAUUUCUUCAGUAGUUGUCGAUCUUUUUUGUGGUAAUUCUUGUUUUCUGGCUAUGCAUACUUCAUCUGGUAAGUGGUGUUAUGGUGAUUGGUUUGUAAGCUUUUGCUUGCUUGAUUGGUUAUGUUUAAAGAUGUCUCGAUUCAAGCUUUGAAACUGACAAAAGCUAUGCUUCCGCGACGUCUGCAGGUUGUUUUUGGCUUCAUGUGAUGGUUACUGAUGAGUGCUUGCUUUGUUUGUCAAACUCUUCCGUGUACACUGAAAUAUUGUCAAUCAAAUUAUGUCGAUUAGUAUUGGAUCUGUUGACAAUAUUUUUGCCUUAAACUGCAUCCAUUGAGUGUAUCAAUCUAAAAUGUAACGCUAGAAGCUCAUAGAACUUAACGAGUCUGAACCAAGGGGUACAGUUCGUCUUGCUGAUCUGUAAGAAUGCUUGUUCUAAUCCCGCACCUAUAUGAUGUAGUACAAUGAAGUGGUAAAAAUCAUAGAAACUAAAGUUCCCAUUUUGGUAGAGAUGAAUAAUACUAGACGUCUUCUUUUCAAAUAUCUAACUUCGAGAGGAUAGAGUCCCCUGAUACCUAAGGUAUUCAGUAAAAUAGUUGAGUUGGCAUGAAUACCACGGUAACUAUAAUAUUCGAUAUUUAAAACCACUCUGAACAAUCAACGUUUUAUAACCUUCAUAUAUGUAAACUGUGUGUGUCAUUAUUACUCCUUAACAACACUAUCUCUAUUACAUUGAUUAGUAGCACUUUUCGAUCGAUUCAACCUUAGAAGAAUCCCUGUUACACAAAUUUGAUAAUCAUACUCAUUUCCUCUAUGAUUUAGGUAGAUUGUUCUUCUGCUGAUUUUGUUUGCGCUGGGUUCCAACAUCACCUGGACAAAUAGAUAAAUUUGGUUGCGGUGAAUAUCUUCAACAUUUGGUUCUUUUAGGCAUUUCAGAAAACAGGUUCUAUGCACAGAGAGGGAUCGAGAAUGAAGAAGGAGGUUUGCUCUUGUUUGCGAGCUCGACUUGUAGAAUUCCUCAUUCAAUCAGCUCAAGACCUUCAAGUUUCUCCGAUCGUCAAAUACUCAGCACUGUCACUUUUCACCGAUCGAUUCUACCCAGCUCUUACCGGAGAAGGAACUAAGGAUGCUAAGAGCUGGCUCUUACAGCCUCUGAGAGAAAGCAAUUUGCAGCUAUUUGCGCUUGUUGCAAUAUGGAUCUCAAGCAAAAUACACGAUUCUCCUUCCCCAAGUGUGAAAUCCUUCAAGUCUCUGGCUGACAUCACCAUUAAAGAGCAGCAUUUUACAACAAAGGAUUUUCUGGAAGCUGAGCUAGUGUUAAUGCAGGUAUUGAAAUUUGAGAUCGGCAUGUUAAGCAUCCCCUUCCGAUUCUUCGAAGAUCUACUUACUAAGUUCAGUGAAGUUGCUAGAGUUGGAAAGCAAUUAAGCUUGGAAGCUUGCAUGGAUAUCAUGGACCUGAUAUAUGAAAAGGGGGAGAUUUCAUCUUUCAAUUGUUCUUCUCAUCAUCUAGCCGCAUCGAUUGUUGUUGCUGCAUAUGCAAUCACAGUUCCAUUGCAAAAGAGUGAAUUCCCCAUUCUUGUAUGGGUUAAGUUUGUCACUUCGUGCAGAGAGGAGGAUAUUGUAGACACUGUCAAAAAUAUUCUAAUGCAUGUGUUUGAAGCUUGAAUUUUAUUGUAUUUCAUGUAACAACAACAUACCCAACGUAAUCUCACAAGUAACGUUUGGAGAGGGGAAUGUGUACCCAACCUUACCCCAACCUUGAAAGGUAGAGAGGUUGUUUGCGUCAGCUCAAGGAAAGGCAUAGAAAAACAAUUCGCGAAAAGAAAUAUAACAGGGAAGAAGCCACGGAAAAAUACGUUAGAUAACAACCACAUUACAUGACACUCAUUCCAUUUUGGACUUCUCAAGUGUU